AGGAAUUUUGCCUUUUGCACCACUCUGUCAUGUGGAUGAAUGAAUGGCAAAGCCUUCACCAUUCUCGAUUCAAGGAUCCAGCAAAAAUUACAGGAAUUAAAGGUGCACAGACUGUUCAUGAAGGCAGCAACUUGCAGUUAACUUGCGAAGCCUUGGGUAAACCAGAGCCAAACAUCACCUGGGUGAAACAAAUGGCAGAGAACCGAGGAAAUACUGGUGUGCUGCAAGAAGGAAAGGUGCUGACUAUAACAAAAAUCAGCAGGACUGAUUCAGGAACAUUCAACUGUACAGCUUACAAUGGUUUUGGUGAACCAGACAGCCAAGCAGUUUAUGUGAAUGUUACUUAUCCAGCCAUGAUUGCUGAAUUUCAAACUGAGUAUUUUGUUGGUGUACAACAAAGUGUAACUCUCACCUGUGAAGCUGAAGGGAACCCUCAACCUACUUACUCUUGGAUUCCAUGUGACACAGAACAAGUUUGUAACAAGAAUACUCUUGUUAUUUCACAAGUGCUUGACGAUGCCAGCUAUACCUGCAGGGUGGUCAAUAUACAUGGACCUGAUACAAAAACUGCUGUUGUUUAUAUUGCAGGAGAUGUGAUUAAUAUAACCAUUGUCAUCACAAGUCAAAACUGCACGGAUGAAAAAUACAACAAAUCCUUGUUACUGAGGAAAUUGGAAGAAGAGCUUAAAAGGGUAUUUGCUGGUAAACUUGAUUAUGAAAGACUGCAGUCAAUGAGUGUUAGGUGUGGAAGUAUAAUUGUUGACCUUGCACUGAGAUUCAACUCCACUACAAAGGAACGAGAUGUUAUCAUAACACUUAAUGACGCUGUUAAAAAUGGCAAGCUGGGAGAGUUCAAUGUUGGUGCUAUAAAAGGAAAAAGGCCUGAUGUGGAACCAUCAGGUGGAGGUGGUGCCGCUGAUGUGGAACCAUCAGGUGGAGUUACCACAUCACCACCUGAGGGGCCCUCUGGUGGUUUCGCGGUAAGUGUUAUUGUUGGUGCAGCGUUAGGAUCGUGUGUUGCCCUGGCUGUUGCUGGAAUAUUAGUGUGGUGGGCGUGCAGGAAAAGGAGGCGCAACAGAAAAGGCACUGAAGAGGUGGCGAGGAGCGGAAAAACAUUUGGAAAUUCAAGUAAUGAAAGGAGAGAGACUACAAGAAGUAUCGUCGAAAUGCGAAAACCUUCUCAAAGCUAUUACAUGGCACUAGACGACCGAACUCGUUUACAAUCGACGGCGGAUGCCAGCCCAAUCAGCAGUGAAGAAGUCAGCAAGUACGCUUCUCUUAAUCUAUGCACACGCUCCUGGGAGAUUGCUAGAGAAGAUGUGACCAUAAAGCAGAUCGUUGGAAAAGGUGCUUUUGGUCAGGUUGCCAAGGCAACAGCCGCUAACUUACAAGGAAGAGCCGAGAAGACACUCGUAGCUGUUAAACUGUUGAAAGAAAACGCUUCUGAAGCAGAGAGAAAAGAUUUGCUAUCUGAACUUGAAUUGAUGAAACAACUUCAACCUCAUCCUUACGUCAUCAAACUUCUUGGAUGCGUUACCAAAUCUGGUAAAUCCUGAAAUGUGCUUCAUCAGCUAUGAUUAAUGUCAGCAAAUAAGGUUUUACAAGUAUCACUAUUUUGGCUCUUCAGCUUUAGAUAUCUUUCUUUUUAAUUUAUAUAGUACUUACUUGUCCUUUACUUAUUUAAGGCAGGUACUAUUGCUCUGUAAAAUAAGAGACCAGCCAUACUCUUAACAUACUUAACAUGGAAAACAUACUUAUCACUAUGAGUACGAAUUAACUUAGCUGAAUGGGUACGAAUUGACCUAGCAGAGUACGAAACGACCAGUAACCUUAAAACGCUACAUUAAAAUUGACGUAAGUGCGCCAUGCAGACCUCUGGGAUUGAGGUGCAUGAAGAGCAGGGACUCUACCUUUCGGCACCUCACACUCAGAGUUCAACACAGUGCUCUUGGUUAAACUAGUUUAACUAUUGGGAGAAUCUGCUAAACCAUGCAUAAAGUUUGACCUUAUUCUAUUCUUGUGAGUAAGCAUGAACUCUGAGUAUGGCUCAUCUGACGGUAGAGAAAUGGUCACAGUUUUAUAAUUUCUGCUAAAUAGCAGCGUGUAUUUAAUCAAACCACACGAAUCUGA